AUGCCCGUGGCCGCAUCGCCCGAGCCGGGUUCCCCAAAGCACGACAAGAAGAGCAGCAAGGAAAAAUCGGCAAAGUCGGAAAAAAAGCGCGCCAGAGAGGAAGACGUUGCGACGGCGGAUGGAGAACGAAAGCACAAAAAGUCAAAAAGCGUCACGGCAGAUGCCGUUCGACGGACCGAUGAUACCCCCAGCGGUAUUUCCGUGAAGAAGGAAAAGGAACAGGGGAAAAAGAAACAAAAGGACCGCAAGUUGCCCCGCCAAGAGAACGAUGAUGCCGCCCAUCCCGACAGUGAAAAGAAGAAGAAGAAGAAGAGAUUCAAGGAAGAUCCACUGCCCGAUGCACUGGCCGAGCCGAGCAAAGUCCAACCUCAGUCCGACAAGAAGGACAAGAAGAAGAAGAAGAAGAAGCAUGACGAGGUUGAUGCCGCAGGUCAUGCUGGCGACACUGUAUCGACGCAGCCUGACGUCGAUGCCAUGGACGUUGAUCAACCGCCGGCAUCGGAUUCCUCCAAGAUUUACCAUCCGCCAGAUAUCCCGGCAAAUCCACAGUUCCCGUUCUUCAGCCAGACCGUGGCGCUCUACGAGCCGAUAUACCCCGUUGGCUGGGCCCACCCCGUAACACAUGCCCGACAUCAGCACCUGCAACACCUCCAGAAUAAAUACGUGCCUUCACUGCGGGGCGUCCUCCUCGACUACAAGAAUGUUUCCGUAGGCCCAGAACCUGGGCGCGCUGGGGCGGCAACCGACGACGAGACCGUUACAACCGUCGAAUCCAAAAGGGAAUACGCUGUGGGAUUUGGCUGGAUCACGGCUGAUGUGGAGCUCUUUGUUCCCAGCCGGGGAGCCUGGAUGGAAGGAAGCGUCAAUCUGCAGACAGAGGGCCACAUCGGCGUCGUGUGCUUUGGCAGAUUCAAUGCAUCCAUCGAGGCUAGACGUCUCCCUCCCUCCUGGAAGUGGGUUUCCAACGAGUCCACUGAGGCGCAUGGGUUCGAAGAGACAGCUUCGGUCGUCACCGCAGAUGAUCAUGGAGUAGUGAGGCAGAUUCACAGCACGGGUUUCUGGACAGAUGGUAGCGGAGGUAGAGUCAAGGGCAGGAUUCGCUUCAGGAUACGCAACUUUGAUGUGGGCAUGAGCGGCGACACGAGCUACCUCAGCUUGGAGGGCACGAUGCUCGACAGCGAUGGCGAGAAGAAACUUGUAAAGGAGGAGGCGCGCAUAGCACAGGUAAGGCGGGAGAAGAAGGAUGGGCAGAAAAUCGGGCGACGACGCGCGCCGGAUUUCAGCAUGACGCGCUUUGCUGAGGAGAGCGAGGAGACUACGCAAGAGGUCGCGGGUACGACGCAAUCUUGA